UUAUAUAAUGAGCUAGUAACCUCGUCACAUAGAAAAACCAGUUCACCAUGCUUGCAAACAAGAGCAGCUCUCCAGCCGGCCAGAAUGCCGUCAGCGAGGUCACCAUUGACCUCCCUCUCAAGAUACUCGUAUACAAGAACGGCCGAAUCGAGGGGGUCCUGCGCAGUCCCUUUGUGCCAGCGUCCGAGGACCCUGGCAUCACCGGGGUCGCGACGAGGGACGCCGUCGUCGACCGAGAGACCGGCGUGGCGGCGCGCCUGUUUCUACCCACCCGUGCCGUCAUAACGGGCCGGAGGCUUUCCCUCGUCGUGUUCUUCCAUGGCGGUUCCUUGAUUGCGGCGGCGGAGAGCGCGUUCUGCCAGACGUACCACCGUUACGCCACCUCCCUCGCCGCGCGCGCCGGGGCAAUCGUCGUGUCCGUGGAGUACCGUCUCCCAUCCGAGCAUCCCACAACCGCGGCCCACGACGACGCCUGGAACGCGCUCCGGUGGGCGGCGUCCCUCGCUGACCCCUGGCUCUUGUACCACGCCGACCGCCGCUGCACUUUCCUCGCCGGCGACGGCGCCGGCGGCGACAUCGCAUACCGCACGGCCGUACGCGCCAGCCGGGCUGGUGAUGACAUUGACGUCGAGGGGCUGCUCCUCAUGGAUCCGUACUUCUGGGAACCCGGGUGGCUGCCACAUGAAAAGGCCGGCCAUGGUGGGUUUCUCACGCCGGCCGAGAUCGCGCAACUACCAUGCCGGCGGGCGCUGGUAGCCGUGGCCGAGAAGGGCGCUGGCGUGCGGGAACGCGGGCGCAGGUUGGCGGCACGCAUGCGCGGCUGCUGGUGGGGCGGCGAGGUGACUAUCGUGGAAUUACACGGUGAGGACCACGGCUUCCACCUGUACGGGCCGGCGAGUGCUGGCACCGAGAGACUCAUGGAGAGCAUAGUGGAAUUCGUUAAUAAGGAGCGUGACCAGAGUUCAAUGCUGCGUGAUAAAAAGGAGGUACCGAGUGGCGUGUUGGAUGGUGCUGAGGUUGCACCAAGCUUGUCUAAUGGGUCACGUAUGAAGGCCGUGCCAGUAGAUGUUCCAAGGAGAACUAUGACUAAGAGCUGCCUGUAAUGGCAUAGAACAUUUGAAAGGAGCGAAAUCGCCGUAUCCUUCAACAAAAACUGUUAUUGCCGGCUAUGGAGAUUGCCUCGUGAAUAAAAGAAGACAUUACGCAAAGAAGGCGUGCCA